AUGACCGAGGCAUUCGGUUUGAUCGCCGCGGGGCGAGCGCCAUCACAGUUCGUGCAAGCGGGUGAGAGGGAGUUCCUGUGUGAAAUAGGAGAAGCCUCGAAUGUUAAUCACGUUGUGGUCUUCAUCACUGGUGUGCAUCCUUUUCCAGACGGAUUGGGAGGUUCAGUGUAUGUCCGAUGGCCGUCACCUGGAGGGCAGGAUGCUGGUUGGCACUAUCUUGGAUUCAUAUGCAACAUGAAACCCAGUGUUAUAUUCAAGAUUGCGCAGCUACACCUGUCUGAGGUUCGCCAUACGGGUGUAUUUAGUGGAGGCAUGGCGUUUGGGGCGACGGGAUCAGUACAGAUAGGAAUAAUGGUGGAGCCACUUACGGCUAUUGAAGGAAGAGAAGCUGCUGAAGGGACUCAGAUCAGUCAGCAGUCAACAUUGAGUGAGUUUGCGGAAACCUUGUUACGCAACUUGGUGAAUCAUGCCGAAUCUUACACAACGCGACUACCUCGGCCAGAUGGACAAGGAUUUGCUGACUAUAUCCCUGUUUCGGCGCUGCAAGAAUGGUAUAACAAUUUUCAACGACGAUUCCAGCAGAACCCAUACUUCUGGAGAUCUCUUCGCAAUGUCUAG